AUGGGUCACAUGCACACUCCCAGUAAGAGCCUGUUGCAGUCGGCUUUGCCAUACAGACUCAUGCUCAUGUACAGCUCAGAUGACAUGAAGGAACAGAUCUACAAGCUGGCCAAGAAGGGCCUGAUGCCCUCCCAGAUCGGUGUGAUCCUGAGGGACUCUCAUGGUGUGGCACAAGUGUGCUUUAUAACUCAGAACAAAAUUUUGAGAAUUCUCAAGUCUAAGGGACUUCCUGAAGAUCUUUAUCAUUUGAUCAAGAAAGCUGUUGCUGUUGAAAAGCAUCUUGAGAGAAACAUAAAGGAUAAGAAUUCUAAAUUCCGUCUGAUUCUCACCAACAGCCGAAUUCACAAGACCAAGAGAGUGCUCCCACCCAAUUGGAAAUAUGAAUCAUUCAUAGCCUCUGCUCUGCUUGCAUAA